UCUUUUUCUUCAAGCCCUGUCUCGAACCCGAACCAGCUCGAGCCUCGAACCCUAACCCCCACCACGUAACUCCUUGGAAUUACCGAAAUGCCACUCUUCUUCUCCAAAUUCGCACCAUUGGUCCCCCGCGUCCGCCGCCUUUCCAUCGCCGCGGCGACAGCCGCCGGCGAGGACCCUAAGCUGUCUCGAAUCGCGGAUGAGCUCCUCGCCCUAUCCCCCGCCGAGCUGGACGACUACGCGGCGCUCCUGCGCCUCAAGCUCCGCCUGUCGCUCACCUCCAGCGCAGCUGCUGGAGCCUCUCCGGCCGGGGCCGGGGACGCCGCGGCUGCAGCCGUGGAGGCCGCCGCGGCGGUGAAGACGGCGUUCGACUUGAAGAUCGAGAAGUACGAGGCCGCGGCGAAGAUUAAGAUCAUCAAGGAGGUGCGCGCGAUGACGGACCUGGGUCUGAAGGAGGCAAAGGAGCUCGUGGAGAAGGCGCCCGUAGUGGUGCGCGCGGGGUUGCCUAAAGAGGAGGCCGAGGCGCUCGCCGCUAAGCUCAAGGCCGCCGGUGCCGCUGUUGCACUCGAGUGAUCCCACGAAGGUAUAAAGAAUGAAGUGAUCUCAAGUAUCAAAUUGAAUUUAAGGUAUCCGUUACCAUGGAUAUGUACAGAUUGCAUGUUUAUAGUUUUGUUUCACAGUUCUAAAUAGUUCUGUCCAAAGACAUAGCUUAUAUGAAGGUGGUGUAUCAUUGAUAAAGGUGAAAAAUACAGGACAUCUAUCGUUACGUGUUACAUAAAUGAUAUAAUGUGCAGCUGUGUGCUACUUCUUACUA